AGACGGCCUCGCGCACCUGACGUCACGGAACGCGCNGCCGAGGGUGGCAAUGGCAGCACGCCCGGGGCGGGGCCGGCCGCUGACGACCCCGGCGGGAAGGCGGGAGCCGGGGGCCCGGCGGGCGGCGUCCUGGCCGUGAGCCCUGACCCCGGCGACAAGCCCAUGACCCAGCGGGCCCUGACCGUGCUGAUGGUGGUGAGCGGCGCGGUGCUGGUGUACUUCGUCGUCAGGACUGUCAGGAUGAGAAGAAGAAACCGAAAGACUAGGAGAUAUGGGGUUUUGGACACUAACAUAGAAAACAUGGAACUGACACCUUUAGAGCAAGAUGAUGAGGAGGAUGACAACACAUUGUUUGAUGCCAAUCAUCCUCGAAGGUAA